CUCAAAUACAUUGAGUAGACUGUCAGUAGACUUGGCGGGUCUCGGCGAGGUCGUGGCGAGAACGGCAGCUCUCAGCUCGUUGGGGAGCGGAUCCUCCCGACUCCGACCACGCGAGCCGCAUCCGCAUCCCACGCGAUGGCGGACGACGAGCGGAGUUUGAUGGGCGGCUCGUCUUCUGGAGGACCCGAGCACAGACCUUGGUCCAAGAACUCUCUCAGCAACAGCGAGGUGCCCCGCACCAACUUCCGAGAGGCGCUGAAGAUUCAUUUGGCAGACUUCCAAAGCAGGCUCAUCGCAGAGCAUGAGAGUCGCCUGGCGCCAGACCUCCAGAGCUUGGAGCUGCGGAUCGAAAGCCUCCGCGCGGAGAACGAACGCUUAAGAGCUUCGAUGCCGGAGGACCACAAGGAGCAUCGGGAACACUCUCACUGCAGAAGAGAAGUGAGCGCCCGAGCCUCCGCGAUCUCCUCUUCGCCCGUGCGGAAGGCCCCCUCGGAACGGAGGUCCGGCCGCAAGACCAUGGUCGCCACAUCGGUGAAGAGCCGCGGAAGGCGCUCCUCCGUGCGGGGCAGUAGCGUCUUCGACUUAAGGCCAUUGCGGCCAUUUCCUGAAGAUGAGCCAGAGAAGAAGGUCAGUGAAAGCUCGAACCAUCAGAAUCAGGAUCUGGUGCGGGCUGCGUUGGCUGCCUGGAAAGAGUUCACCUUCAACUACGUCCAAGAUGAGGACGAUGAGUCGGAACAAGAGAUUGAGGCUCUACGGCAGGCGGCCUAUAAGGAGUGGCCGGAAGACCUGAACGGGAGCGAGUUCUGGCAGGCCCAGCUGUUCCGGAAUGAGCUGGGUCGUACCAUGUCGAGCGAUCUCAGUGCCAGCAAGGAGAAGUUGACCGCAUCGGCGCCCUGUCACCGUUUCUACAGGAAGCACUUGGUGACCUCACCCUCCUCACGACGGAGGAUGAUUUGGGAUCUCUGCGGCUUAUGCCUGGUGAUUUGGGACAUUUUUGCAAUUCCAAUGAAUGCAUUUGAGUUGACCGAUAUCGUGACGCCGUACAUCAUGAGCUGGGUUUCGACGGUCUUUUGGACCAUCGACUUUCCAACCAAUUUCUUCCUUGGCUUCUACCGUGCUGGGCACAUCGUGAUCGAUCCGUGGAAAAUUGCAUGGCAGUACUUGAGGACCUGGUUCGCCGUGGAUGUGGGUGUCCUGGCUUUGGACUGGUUCUUCAUCUUCUUAGAUAUCACCAUGGCUGACAUUGAGGAAGACACGGAUGCGGCUGGCAACAACUACUUCAGAAUUGCGCGAAUGUCUCGAGGAUUGAAGGUUCUUCGGAUCCUGCGCCUCGUGCGCCUGGCCAAGCUGUUUCCCAAGUUCCAUUCGGCCUUCAUUGUCGUCCAGUCAGACUUCAUCCGCCUUUCGAUGGGCGCGUGGUUCGCCGUGGUGAUCGUCGUGGUGAUGAACCACUAUGUCGCUUGUGUUUGGUUCGCUUUGGGCUAUUGGGAUACCCAGGCACCCAUCACCUGGGUGAAGGAGAACGAUCUGGAUGGAGUCCAGAACCCGUGGAAGGUGGAAUUGACAUAUCAGUACUCCACGUCUCUCCAUUGGGCGCUCUGUCAGUUCACCCCCGCCACCACGGAGGUGAUGGCCACCAAUACCACGGAACGGAUCUUCACAGUGCUUACGAUCAUCUUGGGUUUGAUCUCCUUCUCCUCCUUUGUCUCCAACAUCACGACAUCAAUGACGCAGCUGCGCAACCUCAACAGCGAGAAACACAAACUUCAGUCAGCCUUGAGGACCUACUUUUCACAAAACGAGGUGCCACCAGAAGUGAGCAAGUGCAUCUACGAUUGGAUUCACAGUCACCGGAAGAUGCAUCGAGUUCGUGUCCAUGAGCAGGACAUCGAGCUGUUGGCCGAGAUGCCCGAGCGCCUGCGAUUCAAGCUCCGCGAGGCUGUCUAUCGGCCUGUCCUUUGCCGGCAUCCCUUUCUCCAAGAGUGGUGUGAGGUGGACCAAAGAGGCUUCGAUCGUCUUUGUCACCAAGCCUUGCAAGAGAUCAGGAUAAGCACUGAACACACUGUCUUCAUCAAGAAGGAACAGGCGGCGGGCAUGUAUUUCGUGACGGGCGGCGAAUUGAAAUAUUGGAAGUCCGCCUUACAGGAUCCCAUGCCCAUCGGCACAGGCGAUUGGAUCUGUGAGAUUGCGCUUUGGGUUCAAUGGAGGCAUUGUGGCACCCUAUCUGCUAAGUGUGCCAGUGAUGUGAUGCUGGUGGAUGCCGACCUCUUUCGCAGCGUCAUCAGUGGCUGUAGCCGGGUCACCAAGCGCAUGGCCAAGUCCUACGCGGCGGGUUUCGUGCGACACGACUGCGAGAUUCUCCACAGCAACGGUUGGCUGGGUGAUGUUUGCUGCUCCUUUGAGGGCAUUCAGAACCUCAAAGAUUCAGUACUGCGCAAUGCUUCAUCCCCCAAUUUGUUUGCUGCGCCGGUGGAUCUCUCGCAGGAGGCGGAAGUGGUGAGGGAGAGCUCCGAAGAUACGAACCGGGAAGAGCGGGACGAGUGGAGGCUGAUAGCUGUGAUGUUUUGUGCACCUUGGAUGCAAAAGGUCCCGACUCCAGUCUCACCUGGAGAGGGCGGCAGCGGCAGAGACGGGUGUGAAAACUGCGAUGCAAUCGCCAGUCUGCAGGGUGAAGCGUUCGUCAUCGUGAUAGGCAGUACGGCCGAGCCGCUGCGAAGAGGCCUGGCGGUGCAUGAGCAAUUGCUACUUCGUGCUUGCUGCAGUGCCAGCCGCGAGGGUGUCAGUGGCACCUCUGUCUUUUGGGAAGAGGUGCUCAGCAACCGGCAAGCGCGCCACGCAAAGCGCGGUGCCUUGCUGCAUUGGGCAGAUUACAAAAGGUGGUUCCAACACACCUUGCUGGAAAGCCAAAAACUCCGCUUGCGGCGGCUCUUUCUCGCCCUGCGCCCGUCCGCACGCAGCAUGAUGUUGCGCGACAGGGCUCAGAGUGAGCAGCAGCGGCAUGCCGAGCGUUUGGCGCUGCGGCAUGUGCAGCGCUCAGCACAGCGGUGCCUCAAGGAACUCGCGUUGCGCCUGGCAAGGCAGCGCAAGGCACUCCGAGUGCGAGACCGUCAGCUGCAGCGCCAGUGUUUCUCUGCCAUCACUGAAUGGCAAUUGCUGCGGCAGGCCUUCUAUUGCCUCGCUGGCAGGAGCACCACUCCGCGGGGUCGAGUUCAGCGUCGAAGAAGAGUACCUUUUUCGCUGAAAGUGGGGGGGGAACACUAG